GGCAGGCGCGGGUCAGCACCGUGACGGGUUUUACUUCCGGGUGAGCGCAAGCAGGCGCCAUAUUGUCUUGUUGGUGAAGACGGGGAGCGAAAGAGGAGCGGAGCGGAGCGGGGCGGCGGCGGCGGCGCCUGCGGUGCGAGGCGGGGGAGAGCUUGAAAUAUAGACUAUAUAAAGACUUAAAAGAUGUGGGAUCAAGGUGGACAACCUUGGCAGCAAUGGCCUUUGAACCAACAGCAGUGGAUGCAGUCAUUUCAGCACCAGCAAGACCCAAGCCAGAUUGAUUGGGCUGCAUUAGCUCAAGCAUGGAUAGCUCAGCGAGAAGCCUCAGGGCAACAAAGUGUAGUGGAACAACAACAAGGAAUGAUGCCAAACGGACAGGAUAUUUCAGGAAUAGAGUCUGGUCCAAACAACCACAAUAAUUUUCAGGGGGAUCCCAACUUCAACAGAAUGUGGCAGCCAGAAUGGGGAAUGCCUCACCAGCCCCCCCACCCCCCUCCAGAUCAACAGUGGAUGGCUCCAACCCCAGGUCAAAUGGAAAUUGUUCCUCCAUCUGAAGACAGCAACAGUCAGGACAGUGGGGAAUUUGCUCCUGACAACAGGCAUAUAUUUAACCAGAACAAUCACAACUUUGGGGCACCUCCUGAUAACUUUGCAAUGGGGCCAGUGAACCAGUUUGACUAUCAGCAUGGGGCUGCCUUUGGUCCACCUCAAGGUGGAUUUCAUCCACCUUAUUGGCAGCCAGGACCACCAGGGCCGCCAGGUCCACCAGCACCUCCUGCACCUCCUCAAAAUCGAAGGGAAAGACCCUCAUUCAGAGACCGACAGCGUUCACCUAUUGCGAUGCCUGUGAAGCAGGAGCCUCCUCAGAUUGAUGCUGUGAAGCGUAGAACCCUGCCUGCCUGGAUUCGGGAGGGCCUCGAAAAGAUGGAGAGGGAAAAACAGAAAAAACUGGAAAAAGAGAGGAUGGAGCAGCAACGUUCCCAGAUGUCUAAAAAAGAAAAAAAGGAAAACGAGGAGGCUGAAGAAGGGGAUGGCCCACGGUUGCCUCAAAAAAGUAAAUUUGACAGUGAUGAGGAAGAUGAAGAUGCUGAAAACACAGAAGCUGUAAGCGUUGGGAAAAUGAGCAGGAGUCCAUCCCCAGCUCCUCAUGAGGAGCAAAGUGAACCAGAAAUGACAGAAGAAGAAAAGGAGUAUCAAAUGAUGAUGCUGACAAAAAUGCUGCUGACAGAGAUUCUUUUAGAUGUCACAAAUGAAGAAAUUUAUUACGUGGCCAAAGAUGUUCACCGUAAAGCAACUAAAGCUCCUGCAAAACAGCUGGCACAGUCCAGUGCACUGGCUUCCCUCACUGGACUCGGUGGACUGGGUGGUUAUGGAUCAGGAGACAGUGAAGAUGAGAGGAGUGACAGAGGCUCUGAAUCAUCUGAUACUGAUGAUGAGGAAUUACGACACAGAAUCAGGCAAAAACAGGAAGCAUUUUGGAGAAAAGAGAGAGAACAGCAACUACUACUAGAAAAACAGCUAGAAGAAGAAAAGCUACAACACGAGAAAGUUUCAAAAGAGAUGAAUGAAUUUAUCAACAAAGAACAAAACAGUAACUCAGCAUCACAGGAGGCAAAAGAAAUCGAAGCAGAUACGGUUCAUGAAAAGAAAAGAUCUCCAAAUGCAGUCGCACCUGAUCUAGAACUUAAAAAAGAGGGUAAAGAGAGGGCAGGAAGGAGUGGGUCAAGAAGCUCUAGCAGUGGUAGCACGAGCAGCAACAGCAGAAGCAGUAGCAGUAGCAGCAGCGUAUCUAGUUCAUCCUACAGCACCAGCUCAGGUAGCAGUCGCAGCUCUUCGCCUUCUUCCUCUCCUAAAAGGAAGAAGAGACAAAGCCGCAGUAGGACACCUUCCCAUAAGGUGAGGCGCAGUCGAAGCAGGAGUUACACCCACAGGAACAGGAGGGAGAGGAGUAGGAGCAGGGAGAAACUAAGGGAAAGGAGAAGACCUAGUAGAAAUCGCAGUGCUGAAAGAGGGGAGAGGCGAAGAAACCGGAGUCCUUCCCGAGAGAGGAGCUGGGACAGGCGCAGAAGUAGCAGCCGCUCGCGAGACAGGCGAGCGAACCGCGCGAGCCGCAGCAGGAGCAGGGACAGGCGUAAGGCUGACGAGCAGCGUAGAAGCCCCACUGGAAACAGGCACAAACACAAAAGCGAGGGUAAAGAUCAAGAAAGGAAGAAAGAGCAGGGUGGAGGUGUAGAUAAAGACAGGAAAAAGAACAGAGAAAGGGAGAGGGAUCAGGAGAAAAGGAAAGAUAAGCCCAAAAAAGAGGAGAAAGAAAGUAAGGCUGGCAAUCAUGACGACAGUAGGUUAAAGAGGAAAAGAGACAGCGAAAGAACUUUCUCUCGCGGUGAUUCCAUCUGUGUGAAAAUCAUAAGGCAGGAUUCCAGACAAGAAAGCAAAAAAAUUUCUACCAAAGAUAGCAAAAAACGGUCAGGCUCUGAAUCUAGUGCGAGGAGUAGCUCGGAAUCACCAGGAAGCAGUAAAGAAAAGAAGGCUAAGAAAUCGAAGCAUAUUCGGUCAUGCUCCGUGGAGAAAUCCCAAAGGUCUGGUAAGAAGGCAAGCCGCAAACACAAGUCUAAGUCACGAUCAAGAUCGACGACUCCUCUUCGUCGUAAACGCUGAGGAAUUUUAUGGCACCAGUGCUAUGAUGUUUAAAAAUUCCAUGAGUUAUAAAAGGCUUGUCUCAUUAUAGAGGCACAUUGUGGCUAUGUAGGUGAAACCAGAAUCCUUUUUUUAUCUGUAAAUAGGUGUAUUUUUUUCCAAAUGCUGCUCAGAAUUAAAUACCUAAUAGGAUUUCUUUGUAUUACAUUUUUUCAAGAACAGUAGUGCUUAUUAAGAAUAUAAAACAUGCCAUUCUCUUUCAGCUGUAAUGUUCUUAAAAUUACUAUUGAAUGUACUGUGAUGUCAAUAAAGCUCUUUAGUUCAUUUUUUUUGUUUAAAA